CUCUAACAAAAUAAAAAAACCAGUCCUUGAUUUGUUCUGCUCUUUUUGCUAUUCCAUCAACCUAACAACUUCUGUUUCAAAGUACUCCAUUUACACCAAAUUCCUGAAAAGCUGAAAAAAAAGAAAAAAGACAAUCCAGUUCAGCAAAUCAAUCUAAGAAACAAAGACAAAAAAGUAAAAACAUAUUGUUGUUUUUCAUGUUAAAAUUUGCAGACCCACUCAUUUUUCUUUUCAAUCCAACAGCUUCCUAUCAAUUUGCCAUAUUAGAAACCAAAGAAAAUCCUGACCCUUUUCUGCAAAUGUACCAAAAACACAAUAUAGCAACAAAGAUUGGAUUUUUUAUCUGAUUUUGGAUAAUUCAAAAUGAUUGUUGAUAUUGUGAAGCUCAUAUUGGUGAUUCAAAUGAAGAUUGAUUUAGGCUGAGGAAGGGGCUAAAAAAGAAAAAGGUGAUUUUGUGGAGGGGAGAAAAGGAAGGGAAACAAAAGAAAAGGGAAUAUAGGUGAGAGAUGAGCAAAGAAUUUAGUGGCAUUGUGAAGGCCUGGGAGUUCACAGUAAAGAAAUCACAAGCAGUUGCCAAGAAAAGAGCUAAAAAUACAAUCUUUGCAACAAUGUCAGUAGCACAUGUUGAUGAUGAGCUUGAUACCCCUGGUGAGGUUUAUUAUGCAGAAAAAAUCUUGAAUAAUGGUGAUAUAUAUACAGGUCAAUGGACUGAUAACUGCCCCAAUGGACAUGGGAAAUAUUUAUGGUCAGAUGGUUGUAUGUAUGUUGGUGAUUGGGUUAAAGGAAAAACAAUGGGAAAAGGAAAAUUUAGUUGGCCUUCUGGUGCUACAUAUGAAGGCCAGUUCAAGAAUGGAUAUAUGGAUGGUGAAGGAACAUAUACAGGUUGCUCAAAUGAUACAUAUAGAGGUUGUUGGGUAAUCAAUAUGAAACAUGGUAAAGGGACAAGGGAUUAUGUGAAUGGAGAUCACUAUGAAGGAGAAUGGCGACGCGGGCAGCCAGAUGGACAAGGGAGGUAUCAAUGGAACAAUGGGAAUCAAUAUAUAGGACAAUGGAGAAAUGGCAAGAUGAAUGGAAAUGGUACAAUGAUUUGGGCUAAUGGGAAUAGGUAUGAUGGUUCUUGGGAAGAUGGAUUUCCUAAAGGAAAUGGGACGUAUCGAUGGGGCGAUGGGAGUUUUUAUGUUGGUAUUUGGAGUAAAGAUUCUAGGGAGCAAAGUGGGACUUAUUAUCCAUCAAGUUCAAGAACAGGUACUUUUGAUUGGGAUCCUCAGGAUGUUUAUUCAAUUGAUUUAGUAGAAUGUCAGAUUAGUCCGGGUGAAAGAAUAUCAGUUUAUCCCUCACAAAAGAUGGUAAGUUGGCCAUGUGAAGGGGAAUUUCUGCAGAAGUUGCCAAUAGCAAAGACUCCAAGAGCAAAUGAUGCAAAGUCUAGGCGAAAUUCUGUCGAUGGCUACAGUUGGGGAUCAGAAGCAGAUACAAGUUCGAAUAAUGAUAAUGUCUAUUCAGGGCAAGAAAGAGAGUCAAGUGAAGGAUUUAGAAGCUUUACAGCUGAUGAUUUAGAUAGUUCAAGAGGAUUUCGACCGCAUUGCAUCAAAAUUCAACCAACCAAGAAGCCAGGACAAACAAUAUCCAAAGGGCAUAAGAACUAUGAGCUUAUGCUUAAUUUGCAGCUGGGAAUAAGACAUUCUGUAGGAAGGCCUGCUCCAGCUACUUCACUUGAUCUUAGAGCUACAGCUUUUGAUACCAAGGAAAAGGUUUGGACAAAGUUCCCUCCAGAAGGAUCCAAGCAUACUCCUCCACACCAGUCGUCUGACUUCAAAUGGAAGGAUUACUGCCCGUUAGUUUUCAGGACCCUAAGGAAACUGUUUAAGGUGGAUCCAGCUGAUUACAUGAUAUCUCUAUGUGGAAAUGAUGCACUUCGGGAGCUCUCAUCCCCGGGAAAAAGUGGAAGCUUUUUUUACUUGACCAAUGAUGACAAGUACAUGAUAAAGACCUUAAAGAAGUCAGAAGUAAAAGUUCUUCUAGGAAUGCUUCCAGCUUAUUACAAUCAUGUCCGGGCAUUUGAGAACACUCUAGUUACUAAAUUUUUUGGCCUUCAUUGUGUGAAGUUGAAUGGACCUGCUCAGAAAAAGGUUCGCUUUGUCAUUAUGGGGAACUUGUUCUGUACUGAGUAUGCCAUUCACAGACGUUUUGACUUGAAAGGUUCUUCCCAUGGCCGUGUCACUGAGAAACCUGAAUCUCAAAUUGAGUCAACUACUACCCUCAAGGACCUGGAUCUCAAUUUUAUAUUCAGGCUGCAGAAAGUUUGGUUCCAAGAGUUCUGCAGGCAAGUGGACCGCGACUGUGAUUUCCUUGAACAGGAGAGAAUCAUGGACUACAGUCUUUUGGUUGGAGUUCACUUUCGAGAAGUUUCAGGUUCUGGUGAACCAGUUACAACUGAGACGCGUAGUUCUGGAGUUCAGACUCCUACUGCUAACGUAGACCAGGGUGGUGAUGGAUCAACUCCUCGACUUUCCAGGGCUGACAUGGAUCUUCUUUUUGAUCCUUCAGGGUGGGCUUCCAUUAGAUUGGGCAUCAACAUGCCAGCAAAGGCUGAAUUAACAAUGAGAAGAAGCGAUUUCGAGGCACAACUAGUGGGAGAACCCACAGGGCAGUAUUAUGAUGUCAUCCUAUUCUUUGGUAUAAUUGACAUACUACAGAAUUAUGACAUAAGCAAGAAGCUGGAACAUGCAUAUAAAGCAUUCCAAUAUGAUCCAACUUCAAUCUCUGCAGUUGAUCCCAAGCAGUACUCGAAACGUUUUCGGGACUUCAUAUUAAAAGUUUUUGCAGAAGACACUUGAAAAUUUCAGAAAAUCAUGACACAGGAUUUUUCACUCCCAGCUAGUAGGCCUUCCAUGUACAGUCGAAAUUCGCUGAGAUAACCAUGCUAACCACACAGCAAUGAUGAGAAUUAUCUGGUCAUGAAAGCUCGGAUGCUUGGCCCUGGAACGGAUCUGGCUAUGCGCCCCAGCAAGACAAGCUGCCAUGGCAAAAGAAGGGCACUGCACUUUCUUCUUCCUUCUAUUUAUACAUAUAGUUACAGGCAUAUAGUCCAUAAUUCAGCAGAAGGCAUAGAUUAGUUUUGUGAGUAAA